GCUGUAGCCUUGGGCCUUUCUGAGUCUUCAAUCAAGCUCAGGACUGAUCUGAGCUGUCCUUUACCCGUUAGGUGCGCGCCACAAUCGCUGUCUGCCUGGCUGGAGUACGCGUCCAUGCACAGCCCCUCAACCUUCUUGGCUACGCGUUGACAUUACGAUAUUGCAGGUGCCCACAUAAUAAGUGUCUGCUAUACCCCUGCUGGCGUGCAACAUAACGAUCUGCACGCAACAAUUCUCAAACACCCGCAGCGAUGAAGAGCAUGAAAGGAUUCAAGAGUCUGAUCCGUCGCACCACCGAGACCAAUGAACCCGAAGACGAUCAUGCCGACUCUCCAGAAGGCAAUGCGGUUCGAGCGAUUCGCCUCUUCUGCGAGUCCGGAUCCAACAAUGCAGGCGGAGAAGAAGUACUACACCUUCCAGUGAUCGUCGAGAGUGUGGAGUCUUCACCGGUCGCAGCUGCAGAUGCUGCGCGGCAGAUUCGCUCCUUCCUCUCGAAGGACUACAACAAGAAACCGCACGUCCAGUACAACGCCAUCAUGCUGGUGCGCAUUCUGUCCGACCACCCUGGACCCAUCUUCACCCGCAACUUUGAUGAGACCUUCGUCACGACCGUCAAGAAGCUCCUGCGCAAUGGCAACGACCCCAGUACCCAACAGAUCCUCCGCGAGACCUUGGACUCGCUAGAGGUGAGCAAGAGAGAGGAUGAAGGCUGCAAGGCUCUGCUGCAGAUGUGGGCUAAGGAAAAGAGCACGCGAUACCCACCCAUGCCACUUCCGCCGAUGCUACAGCAAUCGCGAUACGUGAAUGCGCAGGCUGGAGGACAAUCCCAUCAACGUCGGCCGACACUACCGCCGCCCGCCGAAUUGGCCAGUCGCAUCGAAGAGGCGCGCAACACAGCGAAGAUCUUGAUGCAGUUGGUUCAAUCAACUCCGGCUGACGAGCUGCUUUCGAAUGAUCUCGUCCGCGAGUUCGCCGAUCGCUGCCAGACGGCUUCACGCAGCAUGCAGGGCUACAUCGAUUCCGUCAACCCGGAGCCCGACCACGACACGAUGCAGACCCUUAUCGAGACGAACGAGCAGCUGACACUGUCCAACACUCGUUUCCAGCGCGCCUUGCUCGCCGCGCGCCGCACCCGAGGCUCAUCGCCCAAUCCGCCGGCCAAUGCUACGCAGCAAGAAACUUCGCGACCGACAGCCGCAACUUCCACAGAAACCUCCGCCAACGUCUAUUCGGCAUUCGCACCCGCAACAAACGAGCCUGAAAACUCUCGAGAUUUCGCCUACACAGCGCCAGCGGGUCCCCCACCCGGCCAGCGACCUGCCCGCGACUAUUCCGUCUCGCCCGCCGAAGAGACUCUCACAAACCCCUUCUCCGACCCGACAGAUGCCCAGAAUUCCGGCACGACCCCCUUCAUCGAACCCGCAAACUACGGCUGGGAACCGCAAGGUUCCGACGACACGACCAAACGCCCCUCCACGCCUCCCCAGUCCAAUAAUACCUACGUCGCCUACCACCCCUCGCCCAUCGCCUCGAACCCAGGACCAGCAUACAAACCCAACAGCACCGCUGCCAAUGCGACCACCGGUAGCAGCAGCAGCACAAGCGCGUUCACUUCAGCAUUCGCCGCCGCUCCAGCAUCCGACGGGCGAGUCUCGCCCGUGAGCCCCGAAUUCCAGCGUCCCGCGGAGAGAAUCGCAACGGCGACGACAUCCGCGUUCGCCGACCCGAAGCGUCAGAGCUAUACCACGAAACCCGCCCCUGCACCCGUCGAGAUCGACGAGCACUCCCAAGUCGGGAGGAAAGACCGGGAACCCGCCAGCACCGGGCCUGCGAGGGACGUGCUGAUUCAUUCCGCGUAGACGAUCGAUACCCCCGCAAUGAUUGAUAGAGAGUUAAUGGAACCGCGCGAUGCAUGGUUCUGGGAUUAGCAUAGCGAGAAGACAAUCGAGAAAAGAAGGGAAAAGAUAGGUGGACGAAUUUGGUGAUCCUUUUUUCCUGUCGGUGUGGAUCUAAAAUAGCAUUCUUUUUUUCUUUAUCGUCAUUAUUUAUGAUUCUACUAUCUUCGUCUUAGUGUGGUAUGGGUCCGUUGCGAGUUGUGGGCCAUCCACGCGGAUGCCAUGUAUGAGACGUCUGGCGUCAUCAAGACACAUUUGUUCUCCUCCAUGUCGAUCUCGUACCCGAACGUAGAAAUUUUCAGAAGCCCG